UUUGAUGGACAGGAAUCGACGGCAUAGAAAGAUUAUCAGGACUGAGAACUGGCAUAACCCAAUUGGUGGUUCUAUCUUCACCGCUCAAAAGGUUGGUCACUAGAACAACUCAUCUUAUCCAGAAAACUUUAAAGGAAAAAAAGAAAAAGCAUGGACCUUUAGAAUAAUAACAGCCGUACAAAAAUGCCCCAGAUAUUGGAGGGAAUGGUUUUUUCAGCCAUGGCAGCAGCAUCCUCUUUCAUGAUGGUAUCGUCAGCUAAAGUUUCGACAACGAACUUGGGUUACAACAUAGGUAGAAGAGAAUUGAGAAUGAAGAAGAGAAGGAGUUUCUCCAUUUCAGCACAAAAAGCCCAGGAAUCACCAGAACAAGAGUUGAAUAAUAAUCAAGAUAGAGUGAAACAACAACAGGGAACACCACUAAGACCAGUGGAGACUCAAGUGAAUGUGAAAAGCAAGAACAUGAGCAGAGAAUAUGGUGGGCAAUGGUUGAGUAGUGUGACUCGACAUGUGAGGAUCUAUGCAGCUUAUAUAGACCCUGUUACAUGUGAAUUCGAUCAAACCCAGAUGGAUAAGCUCACCCUUAUUCUUGAUCCCACCAAUGAGUUUGUGUGGAACUCUGAUACGUGUAAUAAAGUCUAUUCUUACUUCCAGGAGCUUGUUGAUCACUAUGAGGAUGCACCAUUGACUGAGUACACUCUUCGCUUGAUUGGUUCAGACAUAGAGCAUUAUAUAAGAAAAAUGUUAUAUGAUGGAGAGAUUAAGUACAAUAUGAAUGCUCGAGUUCUCAACUUUAGCAUGGGAAAGCCUCGAAUUCUGUUUAAUAAUAAUGAAAUCCAACCUCAGGAGGAGUAAUAUGUUAUAUAUAUAUAGUUCUUGCUUUAAGAGUGUCCAUUCGAGAAGAGGUUAGCACUACUUCUAUCAAUUGUAACAUUCUGCUCAUCUUUCGAAACAAUAUGAUUCAAAGGGUUUAAUCUUAUGUAGAAAAAACUAUUUAUAACAUUGUAAAUAAUUUUGCAUACA